GGAGAGCAGUUGAGUUCAGACAGGCGGACUGGCAGCUGCUAGACCGAUACGCGCUUAGGGCAAAUACAUGAAAAACUUUUGGAAGUGCUGAGUGACAGGCUAUCGCUGUUUGUUUUCUAAGAAGGGAAUGAAUCUCCUUUCACUUGAAGUUGUUUGCACCAUAACCGGUUUUGAGGAGGCGGUGAGGCGCGGCGGCGGAUGGGAUCAUACAGCUACAGCAGCAGCAGCAGCGCCAAACUCACAAUGCGCCCGGAGUGAACACAGGCAGGGAGACAAUACAGGUCCGCGGGCACACUGAGGAGCUGCAAUCUCAUCUGGGCUCUCUUUUUCUUCCCACAACCCGAUCCAGAGUGGCUUUUCCCCUCCGUCUGCGGCUAAUCUUUGUGACUGAUUGAGGCAAAAUUGACUUCGCAACGAGGGCAAGUGGUCUGAUCUCCCAAACUCAGCCAUGACGUCUCCGGCGAAAUUCCGAAAGGACAAGGAGAUAGUGGCCGAAUAUGAAACUCAAGUCAAAGAAAUCCGUGCCCAGCUGGUGGAGCAGCUCAAGUGUCUGGACCAGCAGUGUGAGCUGAGGGUGCAGCUGCUGCAGGACCUGCAGGACUUCUUCAGAAAGAAGGCGGAAAUCGAGGUGGACUAUAGUCGCAAUCUUGAAAAGCUGGCUGAGAGGUUCCUCACCAAGACCCGCAGCACCAAGGACCAUCUACUCAAGAAGGAGCACAGCAUUCUAUCCCCAGUGAACUGCUGGAACCUGCUGCUACUUCAGGUAAAGAGGGAGAGCCGCGACCACGCCACACUGUCCGACCUCUACCUCAACAACAUCAUCCCCCGCUUCGCACAGAUCAGCGAGGACUCAGGACGUCUCUUCAAGAAGAGCAAAGAGGUCGGCGUGCAGCUGCAAGAGGACCUGCUGAAAGUUCUUAAUGAGCUUUACACGGUGAUGAAGACCUACCACAUGUACAACACUGACAGCAUCAAUGCCGAGUCCAAGCUGAAGGAGGCGGAGAAGCAGGAGGAGAAGCAGAUGGGACGCUCUGGUAGACAAGACGACCGACAGACGCCGCGCUCCCCCGACACCUUGGCCAGCAUCAAGACUGACGAGAAGCCGGUCCGACGCUCCAGUGUCAAGAAAAUUGAGAAGAUGAAGGAGAAGAGACAAGCCAAGUACACAGAGAACAAGCUGAAGGCCAUCAAGGCCAGGAAUGAGUACCUGCUAGCUCUUGAGGCUACCAACAGCUGCGUUUUCAAAUAUUACAUCCAUGACCUCUCCGACAUCAUUGACUGCUGUGACCUAGGCUACCACGCCAGCCUGCACCGCGCCCUGAGGACCUACCUAUCUGCAGAACAGAACGUAGAGUCGUCGAAACACUCCGGCCUGGAGACACUGGAGGGAGCCACAGAGAGUCUGGAGGCCAACGGGGACAAACAGAAACUGAUGGAGACCUACAACAAUGUCUUCUGUCCCCCAGCUCGCUUUGACUUCCAGUCCCAUAUGGGAGACACGAUGGGAGUGUUGUGCGCACAGCAGGCGCUGGAAAGCGAGCUGCUCCAGAGGUGUCAACAGCUGCAGUCCCGCCUCUCGACACUCAAGAUUGAGAAUGAGGAGGUGAAGAAAACCAUGGAGGCCACCCUGUCCACCAUCCAAGACAUGGUGACGGUGGAGGACUUCGAUGUCUCAGAGUGCUUCCAUCACAGCAACAGCAUGGAGUCAGUCAAGUCCACUUUCAGCGAAUCCUAUCUCAGCAAGCCCAGUCUAGCCAAACGACGGGCCAAUCAGCAGGAGACGGAGCAGUUUUACUUCACGAAGCUGAAGGAGUUUCUGGAAGGCAGGAACCUGAUCACCAAGCUGGAGGCCAAGCAUGACCUCAUCGACAAGACCCUGGGAGAGAGUCAGAAGACUGACUGUUGCCUUGCCAGCGGACGGAGGAACUCGGCGGUACGGAAGCAGGAGUCUGGCGAGGCCAUCCCUCUGAUGGUCGAGAGCUGCAUCCGCUUCAUCAGUCGCCAUGGUCUGCAGCACGAGGGCAUCUUCAGAGUGUCAGGCUCUCAGGUGGAAGUCAAUGACAUCAAGAAUGCCUUUGAGAGAGGUGAGGACCCGCUGGCAGGGGACCAGAAUGACCACGACAUGGACUCCAUUGCUGGCGUCCUGAAGCUCUACUUUAGAGGACUGGACCAAGCCCUCUUCCCUAAGGAAGUCUUCCAUGACCUCAUAUCCUGUGUCUCGAUGGAGAGCCUCCAGGAGCGGGCAGUCCACAUUAAGAAAGGUCUCCAAUCUCUGCCAAGCAAAACCCUCAUCAUUAUGAGAUAUCUGUUCGCCUUCCUCAACCACCUGUCCCAGUACAGCGAGGAGAACAUGAUGGACCCCUACAACCUGGCCAUCUGUUUCGGUCCCACCCUGAUGUCUGUCCCUGAGGGCCAUGACCAGGUCUCUUGCCAGGCCCACGUCAACGAGCUCAUUAAAACUAUCAUCAUUCACCAUGACACCAUCUUCCCCGGACCGCAGGACCUGCCGGGCCCCAUCUACACCAUCCCUGGAGCUGGGGAUGACUUCUGUGACAGUCCACACUGUGAGCCCCCCCUUGUGGAGGAGCCUGCGCCUGACACCGUCUCUGUCAUCCACAACAGCGAAGAUGGCUCCUUGGCUGUUUCAGAGUCUGACCCAUUCGAAGCCAUCGCACGGUUUGACUACUCAGGCCGGACCAGUCGGGAGCUGUCGUUUAAGAAGGGCGCGUCUCUGCUUCUGUACCAGCGUGCGUCUGACGACUGGUGGGAGGGACGACAUAACGGGGUGGAUGGACUAGUGCCACACCAGUACAUCGUGGUCCAAGACUCGACUGAUGGAGGCAGGGGAAGUCCAAAGCCUGAUGUGGACAGCAGGGACCUGCUGGAGGAGAGAGUGUCUACUAGAGGCAGCGCUGCCUCUCCUACUGGAGCUCAUGUGGCGGACAUCUACCUGGCCAACCUGAACAAGAUGAGAAAACGUCCAGAAUCUGGUAGCAUCCGAAGAGCUUUCCGUUCAGAGAGCGACAGCACGAGUCCAGGAGCCAGCGGAGGGGGAGGAGGAGGAGGAGGAGGAGGAGGAGGGGUGAGAACAGCUUCUCUUCCUGUUGGUGGGUCUCUGGUGAAAGAAACUGGAGACAAACGACCCGUCAGCGCUCACAGCAUCCUCAACUCUGUCACCCGCCACUCCUCUCUCAAGACCAAGGUGGAGAGUCCGCAGUUACGUAAGACAACUUCAGCAGGACGAUCCAAGAGCUUCAGCAACCACAGACCACUGGACCCUGAGGUCAUAGCCCAGGUGGAGCCCAGCUCACAGGACAUCGAGGCUGCGAUGAGUGAGCUCAGUAAGUUGGAGAGACAGAGCACCUCGAAACACACACACACCCCCGAUGUGGUCCUGGAUACACUGGAGCAGCUAAAAGGUGUGAGUGGUGGAGGAGGAGGAGGAGGAGGAGGAGGAGGAGCCUCGGAGCCCUCCAGUCCACUCCACUCCCGUCUGUUACGGGACAGCGAGGGGGGCUCCUCACAUGCCCACCCACUGCAGCGCAGCGCCUCCUCCGCAAGCGACGUGCCCUCCUCCUUCCGCCCGGCUAAGAGCCAGCCGCGGAGCCCCCUGCCCUCCGCCACAUCCCCCUCUCUCUCCUCCUCCUCCCUCUCCUCAUCUGUACCCUCCUUUAGAGAGCUUCGCCCCCCAGCGACAAGACCCAAGCCGGUGGUGUUCCCAAAGAGCGGAGGUGGCAGUCCAGCCAUGGGUUCCCCAACCUCUACCGUGCCCCCGACGCCUCCCCCUCCACUGUCAGGCCACACACACUCUCUCCCUCACACCCCUCCUCCUCCACCUCCACCCCAGUCUAACGACAAAUCCUGCCCGGCUUAGGACCUCUCUCUCUGACCCACCUUGCUGAUUCUCGCAAAUUCUUACGGCUCUUCUAGCAGGUGCAGAAAGCACUUCGUUGUUUCACACAAGACCUAACCCACUACUCAUGUGUAGCAUUCACUUCAUGGUGUCCAGGCGAGUUCUUAAGACACCAUGUUCCCUUUAGAGCGUCAAGAUUUUUUUCAGCACUCUCCUGGCAGCUCUGCUUACGACAGGUCAACUAUCAGAUGGCGCAGUUUAGCGAUCAUCGCUCAGAGACACUUCUUUUGCCACCGCAGAGAUCCCAGGCAUCACUGGAUUUACUUUUGUUUUUUAUUUACAAGGGAACAGGACUCCUACUGACCUUCAGCUUACAUACACUAGUUUGUGAUGUUUGAAAUUGUGUUUGAGUGGGUGUGCAGGAGUGUUACUUGCCUUUACACACAGAUCUAAGUGAGGAACAAAAAGCACUGUUUGAUUUUUGUAUAGUAGACAGGACAGUUUUUUUUUUCUCUUCUUCUUUUUAAUGACCCACGACUAGCGGACUGGAAGGGAGUGUUUGAUUCCUGAGAAUAGACUGUGAAAUGCUAAGCUCUCUCUCGGCGUAGAAACGAAAACACACUGACUCGCUGCUUCAGAAGUGGAAGGCUGGAGAUAAAGGUGGACUUUUGAGAUGAUGAAAGGAAAGAAAACUGGGCCAAAUAUCAGUGUAAGUCAUGUGAUCGAGAGCUUUAUUUUAUCUCUUCCUCCAGUGUUUGAUAUUUUGGUGAUUUUUUUUUUUUUUAAAUUACUGUUCAGUACCAGUCCCACAACAGGAGCAUAGCAGGAACAGUGUUCUCCAAAACCUAACAUGGCCAAUAUUAAUUCUGAAUACACAUAUAAAGCAAUACAGAAAGCUGGUAGUUUGAGGCAUUAUGCUGCUUCUCUCCUGCAGCUCUAUUACGUGUGUAGGGGACCACUGAAAUCCAGCAUUUUUAUACGUAAUGUUGGACUGUACACACACAAGCACACACAUUCUCUUCAAAUGUGUGUGUGUGGUGGUGUUUUGUGGCAGCUAAACGCCUUUCAGGUUUUCCUUGCAUGCUGGGGCCAUAGACAGCAGCCGCUAUGGCGAGCUGGCUCACUUUAUAUAUCUCGCAGUACCAGCCACUAAACAACUUCAAACACAAGUCACAGCUUGCUCCUUUAACUAUAUACUUCAGACUUAACAGUAAAAAAAAGGGUUAUAUUAUUCUAAUGGUGUGUAUGUAUGUUUAAUAAUCAUGAUAACUGGAAGCAUGGAGCUGAGGAUCCUCUUGAGUGUGUUUAGAUAGAAGCACAACCAACCACCUCAUCCGAUGCGUUCUUAAGCAAAGUUUGCUUUUGUUGUUACUCUCUUUUCGUUCCCAGUUGUUAAGUAAUGCUCAGAAUCUGUAAUGGUUAAAAUGUUGAACUGUGUAGCUGUCUGGGUGUGUGUGUGUGUGCGCCUGUGUGAGCAUGCGUGGAUGUAGAGUGUGUAUGCGCCUCACCCCCCUCACCCCUUGACCACCCAUCAUAAAGGGACGCCACCCAACAGCGACUAUACCAGCAGCCUCAGCGCUGAAUAAAUAUGCACUGUGUACAUGUGACCAGAUAAAAAGCCUGCAGGGAUACAUGACAUGUCUCGUCUCGUGGCCGACCAGCUUUAAGUAGAAAGAGGACGAGAAACUCCAAAACUUUUAUAUAUAUAUAUUCAUAUAUUAUUUGCUAAAAUGUACCUAAAAUUAGAUCUGAUGUUGAAUUGAGGAAUAUGUGAAUACAUUUGCAAACACUGACGUCGACACAUACCAUUCAGGGUAAACUGAAUAACACCUUGUUUGUUGUUUCUUGAAACAGUAUUGAACUAAUUUUUGCUCCACAUAUUCCCAUCACGCCUUCCCCCUUUCCCCCAGAAACACAGCACAUACUGCAUUCCUGUAUGCUCUCUACCAGGUAAUGAAUUAUACUUGUUAAGGUUUAUUUUUUAUCUCUGUAUACUGUUCGUGUAUUACCUGGUGUAUUUGUGUUGCUCUUACCUCAUCGUGACAACUGGAGGGACUGUGACCGUGUGUGUGGUGAGAAACAAACUCACCUCAUCGACAUACAGACAUGCAUGUGGUUGGUUGGUGUGUUUUGUCCCGGCUGUGCUGUCAAAGGGGAGCUGGGACCCUCUUCGAUCUCAAAUCAAUCAUCGUGCACUUGAACAACUUGGCUUGCGUGUGGACUAACUGUGUGGGGAUGAUUUGUCGAAAUUGAAUAUUGUUGAAUAUGCAUUUU